AUGUAUUCACAGAUUACAGCAAGAAAGAUUACGGGAUGGCAAGAAUCUACAUCUAUGCUCUGAUCCUCUACAGAACAUGUACAUGUCUGAUCACCACAGUUGUGCUCUCUCAGGUCCCCUCUUUGACAGUUCAGCGUGGGGACAAUGUCAUGCUACCCUGUUCCUUCACCAUAGGCAGUUACCAGUUCGCCUGGUUCAGGCUUGGGCCAAGUGAUUCAGUGCCUUUGUGCAUCUUGUCGCUCUUUGGCCAGUCAGCAGUUAUGUAUCACAAUGGUUUCAUGGCAAACCAUAUAAAACUGCAUAAGACCAACAGCACGUGUGAAAUUAUGAAUGUGGAUUUAUCUGACUUCGGACUGUACUUCUGCGGAAAAAUGGACGCAAUAUCCUUAAUCUUUGGAAAUGCAACAUAUGUGAAGUUUGAAGGAGAAAUCUCACCAACAGCGUCACAAGAAGGAGACUGCAAAAGAAGUGGAUAUCCUGCAAGCGUUUCUACUCUUCAUCUCUGGGCCCUGGGUGGACUGAUUGUGAUACUGCUCAUAGUAAUUGUCAUCUUAAUCUGCCGCGGUGCAGUCACAGGGAAAAAGUCUCAGGAUAAUUCAGAUGGCAAUCAGGCUCAAGACCCAGACACACUGAAUUACGCUGCACUGAACUUCACUCAGAAGAAACAGAAAACCAGGAGGAGAGAGAACCUGGAGCCCCAUGUUGUAUAUGCUGCUACAAGAUAGAGGGUUGGCAGGGGCUUGAGGGGGUUCUGGAGUAUCAUGUGGCAUCAUUGCUUAUAAUGUAAACCUGGCAAAGUGGAGAUCACAGGUUAACUCUCUGCACAUCACCCUACUGUUGUCAAACAGCUCUCUACUCCAUAUGAUUAGCAAAUGCUUCUUCAAGUUAAUUCCACCAAACAAUAUAUUAUUACACAUGAUAAUGCAUGUUGUUUAGCCUUUAGAUUUUCUACAUGACAAGACUGCAGUUGUUUGAGCCAGCUUACUUAUCCCAUCCAUAUUCCGAUCCCCUAAAUGUUGUGUACAAUGUUUAUGUUACUAAACUAGUGCAGCUUUGUUAUUAAAUGAUGUAUUGCCAAGAUGACUUGUUAUGUCGUACAGGAAACAAUGAGUCCCUUAAGGUAAUA